GGUCGCCCAACAAGCAGCCGCAGCUGCUGCGAAAGUUGGGGAGAAGGACAAGGAGAAGGCCACGAAGGCUAAAGCCCUGUACGACGAGGAGUCAAUGAUCCAUGAAUCAAUGGACUUGGCCAAUCGCAAAGGGCUUGAUGACAAGGUUUUACCUUCAAAAGGUUCUUCCACACAUGGGAGCGGCAAGUGCCGGCCAUGCGCUUGGUUUUGGAAGCCGCAAGGCUGCCAAAAUGACAAGGAGUGUGGAUAUUGUCACUUGUGCCCAGAGGGCGAGCUGAAGAACCGGAAGAAAUCCAAGGUUGCCGCCAUGCGGAUGGGAGCGUUGGUGCCAGCAAAGACACUUGCGCCCAUUUUUUGGAUGUGUAGCACUUGUCAAACACUCAACAAUUCAGGGGUUAGCGAUUUUGUCAGUUCAGGAAUCACAAGAGCAAGAACUAUGGCGGUGCUCGGGUUCUGAAGCUCUCCCCAUUACUUUGAGCAAGAAGUUGCGAACCGCCUGCCAAGGAACAAAC